AGAGCUGUCGCCCGCAGGCCCCAGCCCGCCUGACCGCCCCGGGGGCUUCCGCAGCCUCUGCCGACCCGGAAUCUGGGACCUUGCUGAGCUGCUCCCCGCCCUCCAGGGUUUCCCCACGUCCACCGAGGUGAACCAGCUGUGGCCCUGCCCGGGAGGAACUCACAGUCUAGUGCGGUAGACCGUGGUCAGCGAUGUGUCCGGCCCAGUGAGAGGGUGCUUGCUGUCCCUGUGGCCUCCAUGUUUAAAGCUGAACCUGCGUGCGGAGUGGGCGUGGCUCUUUUCCGAAGCCCCUUUGGGGCCACAGGACCAGGCACUGUUUGAGUGGACACAGUGCUCUGUACUGUGCACUUGGGGUCUCUUGUGCUGGCCAUGCCCGUGCCCACAGAGGGCACCCCUCCCCCGCUGAGUGGUACCCCUGUCCCAGUCCCAGCCUACUUCCGCCAUGCCGAACCUGGCUUCUCCCUCAAGAGGCCUGGGGGUCUCAGUCGGAGCCUCCCACCCCGACCCCCUGCCAAGGGCAGCAUCCCCGUCAGCCGCCUCUUCCCUCCUCGGACCCCGGGCUGGCACCAGCCGCAGCCCCGGAGGGUGUCAUUCCGAGGCAAAGCCUCUGAGACCCUGCAGAGCCCCUCGUAUGACCCCAGCCGGCCGGAGUCCUUUUUCCAACAGAGUUUCCAGAGGCUUGGCCGCCUGGGCCACGGCUCUUACGGAGAGGUCUUCAAGGUACGCUCUAAGGAAGACGGCCGGCUCUAUGCAGUAAAGCGCUCCAUGUCACCGUUCCGGGGCCCCAAGGACCGGGCCCGCAAGCUGGCCGAGGUCGGCGGCCACGAGAAGGUGGGACAGCACCCACGCUGUGUGCGGCUGGAGCAAGCCUGGGAGGAGGGCGGCAUCCUGUACCUGCAAACAGAGCUGUGCGGGCCCAGCCUGCAGCAGCACUCUGAGGCCUGGGGCACCGGCCUGCCCGAGGCCCAGGUCUGGGGCUACCUGCGGGACACCCUGCUGGCCCUGGCUCACCUCCACGGCCAAGGCCUGGUCCACCUUGACGUCAAGCCUGCCAACAUCUUCCUGGGACCCCGGGGCCGUUGCAAGCUGGGUGACUUUGGGCUGCUGGUUGAGCUGGGCACACCUGGAGCUGGAGAGGCCCAGGAGGGGGACCCCAGGUACAUGGCUCCCGAGCUGCUGCAGGGCUCCUAUGGGACAGCGGCGGACGUGUUCAGUCUGGGUCUCACCAUCCUGGAAGUGGCGUGCAACAUGGAGCUGCCCCACGGUGGGGAGGGCUGGCAGCAGCUUCGCCAGGGCUAUCUGCCCCCUGAGUUCACGGCUGGCCUGUCCUCCGAGCUGCGUUCUGUCCUCACCAUGAUGCUGGAACCUGACCCCAAGCUGCGGGCCACAGCCUCAGCCCUGCUGGCCCUGCCCAUGCUCAGGCGGCCUCGGCCCUGGAGCGUUCUGUGGUAUGUGGCUGCUGACGCCCUCAGUCGAGGGUGGGCCCUGUGGCAGGCCCUGCUCUCCUUGCUGUGCUGGCUCUGGCAUGGACUGGCCCGUCCUGCCGGCUGGCUGCAGCCCCCAAGCCCCCCAGCCACCCCGCCUGGCUCCCCACCCUGCAGCGUCCUCCUGCACAGCAGCCUCUCCAGCAGCUGGGAUGAUGACAGCAUAGGGCUCUCGCUCUCUCCGGCGGCCGUCCUGGCCAGGGCUGCCGGGAACACCUCCACCCCCCGCAAUGGCUCCCCUGCCCCCCGGAACAGGUACUCACUGAGGGAAGCCCUGGACCUAAGUGACAUUGACUCUGAGCCCCCUCGGGGUUCCUUCCCCGCCUUUGAACCUCGGAACCUCCUCAGCCUAUUUGAGGACUCAUUGGGCCCAACCUGAGUCUACAGGCCAGC